UUGACAUUACAAUUCAAGAAUAUGAAACCACCUCCUACGUCGUCGUCUUCUUCUUCAUCUUCAACCUUCAUUCUUACCAGAAAACCUCGACUCUCUCCUUACCUUUUUACCUUAUUAGCCUUCAUCCUCUUCAUCACCAUUCUCUACGGUCAAGACCUCGGUUGCAUCCUCGGGCAACUCGAUCUCGAUAUCAGUCCACACCGACCACCUUCGUCGUUUACUGAGAAGCAUUACAAGAAGCUGCCAUUUUCGAUUGGGGAGAAGGAGGAUGGAUGUGAUGUUUUUAGUGGGAAAUGGGUGUGGGAUCCGUUAAACCGGCCGUUGUAUCAAGAAUCGGAGUGUCCAUAUAUACAGCCGCAGCUGACGUGUCAGGAGCAUGGCCGGCCGGACCGGGAUUACCAGUUUUGGAGAUGGCAACCACAUGGCUGUUCUCUUCCAAGUUUCAAUGCGUCACUGAUGUUGGAAACAUUAAGAAACAAGAGAAUGAUGUUCGUUGGAGAUUCCUUAAACAGAGGCCAGUACGUAUCAAUGGUGUGUCUUCUCCAUUCACUCAUCCCAGAUCAUGCUAAAUCCAUGGAAACUUUUGGCUCUCUCACUGUUUUCACUGCCAAGGAUUACAAUGCGACGAUUGAAUUCUAUUGGGCUCCCUUUUUACUUGAAUCAAACUCUGAUGAUGCUGUCGUACAUCGUGUUUCCGAUAGAGUUGUACGAAGAGGUUCCAUCUACAAGCAUGGAAAACACUGGAAAGGGGUUGAUAUUAUGGUAUUCAAUACCUACCUAUGGUGGAUGACUGGCCUUGAGUUCAAGAUUUUGCAGGGAUCGUUUGACGAUGAAGAGAAAGAGAUAGUAGAAGUGUCGACGGAGGAUGCUUACAGAAUGGGGAUGAAGAGUAUGUUGAGAUGGGCAAAGAAUAACAUGAAUCCCAAGAAAACGAGAGUCUUCUUCACGAGCAUGUCUCCUUCUCAUCAAAAGAGCAUCGAUUGGGGAGCUGAGCCAAAUGGAAAUUGUUAUAACCAGACAGAAAUGAUUGCUGAUCCAAACUACUGGGGAUCUGAUUGCAGAAAAAGUAUAAUGGGAGUUAUCGGAGAAGUCUUCAGAAAAUCAAAGUUUCCCAUAACAUUUCUCAACAUCACACAACUCUCACUUUAUCGAAAAGAUGCCCACACGUCAAUUUACAAGAAGCAAUGGAGCCCUUUGACACCCAAACAAAUAGCCAAUCCCACUAGCUAUGCAGACUGUGUGCAUUGGUGUUUGCCCGGGCUUCAGGAUACAUGGAAUGAACUCUUAUUUGCCAAGCUUUUUUAUACUUGAUAAGUCAAAUGAGAAUUUCAUUGAUACUUCUUGUUGCAUAUAUUCUUUAUAUCUUUGAAAUUGUUUUUGGGUCAUUGCAUCUCAAAGGCACAAAAAGGCCAAGUGAACAAUGAAUUACUUCCUUGAAAACAUUGAAGGGAAAAUAUCCAUAAUUUGGAUUCAAUGGGUUCGAGCAAGUUUCCUAAAUCCGUCUAUGCAACCAUGGAUUGGCCAGUGCGCCCAUUUUUUAUAUGUAUGCGAUUAUAGUGUGCAUGUGA